CCUGCCCGAACGGGGCGGGGCGGCGCCGCCGCUUCCCGGUGCUGAGCUCCGGCCGCGCCCGUCCAGCGCGCCCCGUCCCUCGGCACCAUGAGCGGCUCCGGGCCGGACGCGCCGCAGCCCGGCAGCGCCGAGGAAAGCGGGUUGCAGGAAGCCGAGCGGGACUGGGCGGCGGCCAAGGCCUUCUACGAUAACCUGGUCACCAAGAGACCGCGGCCGCCCAAGCCUCAGCAUGCCAUCACGGUGGCCGUCUCGUCUCGAGCUCUCUUCGAUCUGGUGGAGGAGCGGCGGAUCUACGAGGAGCAGGGGGUGGAGAAGUACGUGGAGUACCAGCAGGAGAACGAGAACGUCACCCUGAAGCCCGGACCGGCGUUUCACUUCGUCAAGGCACUGGAGCAUGUCAAUGCCAGGCUUCUUGAACUGUACCCUGAUGAUGAAGAACGAUUUGACAUUGUUCUGAUGACUAACAACCAUGCCCAAGUGGGAGUGAGGCUCAUAAACAGCAUUAAUCACUACGGUUUAACAAUCGAACGCUUCUGCAUGACAGGAGGAAAAAGUCCUGUUGGCUACCUGACUGCGUAUCUUACCAACUUGUACCUGUCAGCAGACUCUGAGAAAGUGCAAGAAGCUAUAGAAGCAGGCAUUGCAUCAGCUACCAUGUUCACUGCCAACAAGGAUGUUGCUUACUCAGAUACACAGCUGAGAGUGGCAUUUGAUGGGGAUGCAGUUCUGUUUUCUGAUGAAUCAGAACAGAUUGUCAAAGAGCAAGGAUUAGAUAAAUUUUUUGAACAUGAACAGCUGAAUGAAAAUAAGCCUCUUGCACAGGGUCCUUUGAAAGGUUUUCUGGAAGAUCUAGGUAAACUCCAGAAGAAGUUCUAUGCAAAAAAUGAGCGAUUAAAUUGUCCUAUAAGGACCUUCCUGGUGACAGCCAGAAGUGCAGCAAGUUCUGGAGCCCGAGUACUGAAGACUCUGCGUAGCUGGGGUCUGGAGAUUGAUGAGGCGCUCUUCCUAGCAGGAGCUCCUAAAGGACCAAUCCUAGUGAAAAUACGUCCACACAUCUUCUUUGAUGACCAGAUGUUUCACAUCGAAGGAGCACAGAAAUUAGGCACCAUAGCUGCACAUGUUCCCUAUGGUGUUGCUCAGAAAUACCAAAAAUCUGCAUGACUGAGUGGUACCAUUAUGGAUAAAGUUCUUGACUCAGCCAGCCUCUAAUAUAGUAGGUCUGAAAACCUCUACAUUUGUGUACUGCAAGCACUUUCUUUAAAGAUUUAAGUUCUGGCUAGAAAAACCUUUAAAUGAAAUAUUUUUAAUAUAGGCCAGUUUUUCAUAGUUAUUUUAAUAGGAUUCUUAAGCAGUUUAGGGUUUAUUUUUGUUUACCCUUCUGGAUACAACACUGUGUUUUCAAUAUUAGAAAAAGAUUUGUACUGUUUUUAUAGUUUGAGAUAUAUUUUCAGAGACAGAACAGUAAUAUUUUCUCUAAAAAAAACUAUUAUUGGGUUAUUUAUAAGAAGAAACAUCUGCAGGUAUAAUCCUUACUGUUCAUUUCUGAAAUUACCACAAGUACAGUUUACCUGCAUGUCAUUACCUUGUUAAAUGUGCAUUCCGUAGCUUUGUUACCUGCAAGUUUCAGCUUCUAUGGGUGAUUGUCUUUCAAGUGAAAUAUUAGUAUAUGAAAUAGUAUAUUUGAUACCGUGUUUACAAGAACCCUUUAUUUUUCUAUAUUGUUUUCCUACUGUAAUAAAGCUGGCUUUACAGAACAUUGUCA